CUCUCUCUCUCUCUCUCUCAAGUCUCUCUGGUUCUGUGUUAUUGUCUAUUGGUGAUCGGUGCACGUUGAGUAAUGGCGACGCCAAAGGAACACGUAGAGGAGAUACGGAGAACGAAAUUCUCGAUCGGUGGAGAACCGAAUCCGUUGACUGAAGAUCUCCAUCAGGCUGUUAAGAAUCUCUCUGCUGAACUCUACGCCAAAGAUGUUCACUUUCUCAUGGAACUCAUCCAGAAUGCUGAGGAUAACGAGUAUUUGGAAGGGGUUGAACCAUCGCUCGAGUUUGUGAUUACUUCCCGGGACAUAACGGCCACUGGAGCUUUGGCGACUUUGCUUGUAUUCAACAACGAGAAAGGUUUUUCCCCAAAGAACAUUGAGUCCAUCUGCAGUGUUGGGCGCUCUACCAAGAAAGGCCUCCGCAAACGUGGAAUUGGGUUCAAGAGUGUAUUUUUGAUUACGGCUCACCCUUACAUAUUCAGUAACGGUUAUCGGAUAAGAUUUAGUGAAGAACCCUGCUUGCAUUGCAAUGUUGGAUACAUCGUCCCUGAAUGGGUUGAGGAGAAUCCAACUAUUUCCCUUAUCCAACAGAUAUAUGGAUCUGGUGCUGCCCUCCCAACCACAACAUUAGUGCUGCCGCUGAAGCCUGACAAGGUGAAACCUGUGGAGAUGCAGCUUUCAAGCCUUCAUCCUGAAGUUCUGUUGUUUCUUUCAAAGAUAAAGAAGCUUUCGGUUCGUGAAAACAAUGAGGAUCCUAGACUUAACACUGUGAGUGCAAUAUCUAUUUCAAGUGAGACAAACUUUGUUACAAGGAAGAAUAUUGAUGCCGAGUCCUACAUGCUUCAUCUUUCCGCUGAUGUGAAUGAUGAUGAUGCGGAAAAAGAAUGCAGCUACCAUAUGUGGAGGCAGAGGUUUCCUGUUAGGCUGGAAAACAGAGUAGAAAGAAGAAUGGAAGUAGAAGAGUGGGUGAUAACUUUGGCUUUUCCAAAUGGAAAGCGACUUCAAAGAGGAAACCAAUCUCCAGGGAUCUAUGCAUUUCUACCAACGGAGAUGGUGACGAACUUUCCCUUCAUAAUUCAGGCAGAUUUUCUUCUAGCUUCGUCCAGGGAGACAAUCCUCUUGGACAACAAAUGGAACCAAGGGAUUCUUGACUGUGUGCCCUUGGCUUUUGUUAAUGCAUUGACUUCGCUUGUGAAAAAUACAGAAGGUGCUCCAGUUUCUAGUCUGCCUCGCAUGUUUGGGUUUUUACCACUCAACAGUUCUCCCUAUGCACAGCUAAAUGCAGUGAGGGAGUCAAUUAAGACAAAAGUGGUGGCUGAAAGUAUAGUUCCACGUGAGUCUUACCAGGAGCAGAAGAUCUUCGAUAAACCCUGUGAUGUUGGUAGGUUAAUGCCUGCCUUCUGGAAUAUAUUGAAAAAGGCGAGGAACCAAGGGGUGUACUUGGAUAAUAUCUCAUCCCAUGGAAGGUUUAUCUUAAGCUCUUACUUUGAUAGAGAAAAGUACAAUGACGUAUUGAAAUUUUUGGAGGUGAGACAUGUUGAUGAUGAAUGGUAUGCAACAUGUAUCCAGAGUUGUAAUCUUGUUCUCGGAGUAUCAGAUGAUGUUUAUUUAGAACUGUUAGCAUUUCUUGCUGACAAAUGGAAUUCUUGUUUUCACAAAACAAGCAUUAAGAACAUACCGCUUCUGAAGUAUGUGGGUCAUGACAGAGAUGUGUCGUUGGUACCCUUGCUGAAUGGUGGUAGGGUGCUAGUAUCCUCUUAUUGUAGUAACAUCUCGUGGCUGAUCGAUUGGAACAAGGAAUUCAGAUGUGCAGCAGAUCGAUUUUUUCUGCCGAAAUCGACACAAGAAGCUAUGGGGUUAUGUUCUAAGAGACAGAGCAUAUUGGAAUGGCUUUGCAACCAGAUGAAGGUUAGUUCUGUAAAUGUGUAUGAUUAUGCAAUUCUCCUCGGUAAGUCACUAGUUGAUCGGAAGCUUGUUGUUGCCUAUGCUCAUUUCUUAUAUCACUCGCUCUCACAAAAUUAUCUGUCUAGGCAACAAGUUGAAUAUUUGUGUAGUAUUAUGCCACUCGUUGAUAACUAUGGGCGGGUGACCACCGGAAGGGCAGGGGUUCUUGUACCUGCUAAUGGAAGCAGAUGGGUGGAGCUGAUUGGUUCAAAUCCAUGGAGAGCAGAAGUUCGUACAUUCUCUGCUCCACUGACAAAGCAGAAUGCAUUAUUGCUGUUGGAAUGGAUUCAGUAUUUGAGAAGGUAUGGGAUACCCAUUCCGACAAAUUUUCUGACCUGCAUAAAAGAGGGAAGCUGGCUGAAGGUUUCUCUGAAUGGCAGUCCUGCCUACAAGCCUCCGUCACAGUCAUUCGUACCUGACUCAUCAUGGGGUGACCUUCUGCAGAAUGGAUUGGUGCUAGUUGAUAUUCCCUUAAUUGAUCUAGAUUUCUAUGGUGGUAAAUUAAAUGGCUAUAAGGAGGAGUUAAGAACCAUUGGCUUGAUGUUUGAAUAUAAAGAAGCAUGUCAAUAUAUAGGGAAGCAUCUCAUGUCUCUGGCAGCUUCCUCAACUUUAACCAGAGGCAAUGUGCUUUCAAUACUGAAUUUCAUCAAGUUUCUAAGGGAUUCAUAUCUUCCUCUUGAAGACUUUGUCAAGGCUGUUAAAGAAGGCAGGUGGCUAAGGACUUCCCGAGGUGACAGGACUCCAGGUGGUACAGUUUUAUUUGAUCAGGAGUGGAAAGCUGCAUCACAAAUCAGUGAUAUUCCAUUCAUUGAUCAAGACUAUUAUGGCGAGGAAAUUCUCUCUUUCAGAACGGAACUACAGCUAGUUGGGGUGGUAGUUGGAUUUAAUCAAAGCCACGAACUUGUGGUCGACAACUUAAAAUCUCCAGCACGCAUAACUUCUCUGACAGCUGAGGGAGUUCUUUUAAUAUUGGAGUGUAUACGUCAUUUUGGAUCGGCUGACAAAUUUGUUCAAGCACUUAAAGAUAAGAAAUGCAUCAAGACACAGAUGGGCUUCAAAUCUCCAGCUGAAUGCUUUCUGUUUGAUCCUGAAUGGGCUUGCCUUCUGCAGAUUUUUAACAGCUUCCCACUCAUCGAUAAAAAUUUCUAUGGAAGCAGCAUUUUAUCGUACAAAAAUGAGUUGAAGCAACUUGGUCUGGUGGUGAAUUUUGAGGAAGCAGCCAAAGCAUUUGCUCGCGUUUUUAAGAAGCAAGCUUCACUAUUUUCCAUCGGAAAAGGUCAUGUUCUUUCACUUCUGGAAUGCUACAGAAGGCUAAUGAGAGCAGAAACAAGAUUUCCCUCAGAUCUUCAGAACUGCUUUCUUGAGGUGAAAUGGUUACGAACUCGCCUAGGUGAUUACAGAGCACCGAAAGAGUGCAUUCUGUUCGGCCCCGAUUGGGAGUCUAUUUCUCCUAUUUCUCUACUUCCUUUCAUUGAUGAUAGUGAUAAUUACUAUGGAAAGGGCAUCCGUGAAUAUGAAAAGGAGCUUGAGAGUAUGGGAGUUGUUGCUGCUUUUAAAAGUGGUGCGAAGUUUGUGGAGGCCGGCCUUUAUUUACCUCAAAAUCCCAGAACCAUAACUCCCUCGAAUGUAUAUUCAUUGCUGGAAUGCAUCAGGAAUUUACAGCAGGAACACAAUGGGUCUAUAUCUGAAGCAUUUUUGAAAAAACUUGGAAAAAAAUGGUUGAAAACUCAUGCAGGCUACAGGCCUCCAGUUGAGUGCUUGUUGUUUGAUUCUGGUUGGGGUUCUUUCUUAUGGCGCCAGGAUGGGCCUUUCAUUGAUGAGAAAUUUUAUGGUUCCAAAAUUACAGCCUACAGGAAAGAGCUCAACGCUAUUGGAGUCACAAUUGACUAUAAACAUGGUUGCCCAUUGCUUGCCAAUUACCUUGAUCACCAUUCCAACUUCGCUACUAUCAAUCGAAUUUAUAGUUAUUUGUGUAAAUUCAAUUGGAAGCCGCAUGAUGAGGAUACCAAAAGAAUUUGGAUCCCAAAUGGAAGUGAAAAUGGAGAAUGGGUAGGCGCUGGAGAAUGUGUUCUUCAUGACAAAAAUGACCUCUUCAGUUUGCAGUUGAAUGUACUGGAGAAGCACUAUAAACAGGAAUUACUGAACUUCUUCUCUGGAGUUUUGGGAGUUAAAUCCAGUCCUGUUCUUGAUGAUUAUUGCAAGCUUUGGAAGGUAUGGGAAGAUUGUGGAGACGGAUUGUCGCAUGCUGAAUGUUGUGCCUUUUGGGGAUUUGUUGUAAAGCACUGGAAUUCUAGGACAGAGGAAAAACUUACACAAAACAUGUCAAAAGUGCCUGUGUCAGGUUCAGAUGGAAUUCUUCUGGUUGAGAAGCAUGAUGUUUUUAUUGCUGAUGAUCUUUAUCUGCAGGAUCUUUUUGAACAGGCUUCUGCUCAUCCACUAUUUGUCUGGUAUCCUCAGCCAAGCUUGCAAUCCUUGCCUCGAACAAGGCUUCUUGAAAUCUAUGGCAAAAUUGGCGUCCAAACUUUAUCUGGAUCUGUAGAAAAGGAACUAUCGGAUCUGGAAGAUGUUGGACUUGAAGAAGUGGAUUGGAUGGAUGCCUUUUAUGGAGGGGGCAUAUGUAGGCUCAUUCUUGGCUUUCUUGCUGAUCCUGCUCUCAACAUGGAAGCAGAGAGGAGGCACGACGUUGUCAGACGCCUCCUCAAUGUUGAUGUGUUUGAGACAAUUGAGCCAAUUACAGUAGGAUAUAGUUUAUCACUUUCGUCAGGAGAAAUUUUGAAUGUGAAAGCAAGUCGAAUGAUACGUUGGGAGAGAGAGAGUUCAAAGUUUUUUACACAGAAGAGGGACAUGUCAGGUGGAUAUAAAGAGCGAAUUGAAUAUGCUUCAUAUUUUUCCGAAGUAGUGGCUGAGGGAGUGCUGUGGGAGGAUGAAGAUCAUAUAUACCAACUGACUGAACUGAUUAAGUUGGGUUGUCUCCUUGAGUUUGAUGACGAAGCUAUUGCGUUCUUGAUGAAAAAGAACAAUCUGCAGAUAUUUUUGGAGGAUGAGGAGUUUCUCUCUUCUGCCUUCACUUCUGAUUAGGUAUGGUAUGAACUCUUAUUAUAUUGAAGUUUUUAUCUAAUAGGAUUUCUGAACGAAAGAUUAAGUUUCUUUUGUUCAACUAACUAAAGGAAAAGGAAGAACUCAGAUCAUGCAUAGGUGAUCAUCCUUGUCAUUGGAUUGAGAAAACGUCUUUCAAUGCCUUGAUCCACCCCAUAAUCCCUUUUCUCUUUGGCUAUUUUAUUUGAAUACUGUAAUAAUGGUGUGCUACUAGAGUGAAUUUGUAAGAAUGAAUACAUUUCAAUGGAGCUGCUUGUCGUAGUUUAAUCGAUUGUGAACGUCAUUUUCCGAUGGCUCUUGCUCUUGUUUCAUCCUUUUUAUGCCUUCUCUUGGUUGC